AUGAAAUCAUACAUCUUAUUGGCUAUUCUCAUAGGCUUAGGUGCAUCAUAAAUUGUAGUAACAUCGCAAACCCUCUGUGGCUGUCCACAAUUAACAAAUCAAAAUGAUUGUGACACAUUGCCAGGGUGUCAAUGGUAAGCGAAUAGCAACUAAUGCACACAAAGUUGCUAAGCACUUACAUAAACUGAGUGCCAGGACGCCGCUUAGUAUUGCCAAUGGAAUCCAACUACUACAACAUGUUCUACAUUUUUAGGCUGCGCAAACUUAAUAGCUACAAACAAUCAAUAAUGUGUCUAAUAGAAUCCUAGAUGCGUUGGAUUUAAUUAUACAACUAACUUAUGCUUGAAUUAUAAUGAGAUCACUUCACCAUGCGCCAAUUACCCAUAAACACAAUGCAAUUUCAAUUUUGGUACAGAUGGAGUUUGUUAUUUCACUGGCCUUGUAUGUUCACCAUAUAAUAAUUGUACAUAAGCUUAAUAACAACAAAAAUGUUUAUAACUUAAUGCUUUUGGAAAUUUUUGUGUAUGGUCUACUCUCAGAGGCUGCUAGGCUAUUACAAGUUGUGGUCAAUUAUCAACUCAAGCCUCUUGCACAAACUAUUUUUCAAGUUUUUAAUCAAAAACUUUGAAUGUCUGCUAUUGGUAAACAACCACUAAUCCACCUUCAUGUGUUCCUAUUACCAAUCUUAAUAAUUUGGAUUAAACCACUUGUUUGGUGAAUACAAGUUUCUUCUUCAGAUGGUAUGGAUUAUCGAACAAUCCAGGUAAUGGGUUUUGUGGUCCUUGCAAACAAUUUUCAUUAAAGAAGGUUGUAAGUACAUAAUGUUCUUGUUCUCAAUAUGUGUUACAAAAUGAUUGCAAUUCAUAGAGUACUUUAUGCCAAUGGAAUACAUUGACCAAUACUUGUUCACCAAAUACCUGUGCCCAAAUUAAAACUCAAAAUAUUUGUCUUACUGUGUCCGGUUGUUAUUGGAGUAUCGGUGCCAAUCAAUGCCAAGCUUUGACUAGUUGCAAUGAUCUGACAUUCAAGGUUAGCGCAGUUGGAUGUGCAGCACAAAGUUUGUACUGUGCUGGUUAUUAAGGAGGUUAAUGUGUACAAACAUCAACAGUAGCUUCUACUUGCAAUUCAUAAAUUACAGCAUCAAGCUGUUACUAAUUUAUCAAUAGUUAAGGUCUAUGUGUUUGGAAUGUCGUUAAUUAAACAUGUUCCCAAUUGUUAAAUUGUAGUUAGAUAACUGAUUCUGCUCUUUGUGGAAACUAAUAGAAUUAAUGUAUGUGGGAUGCAACAAGUUUAACAUGUCAAUAAUUGACUUGUGCAUCAUUCACCACAUCAUAGACUUGUACAUAUGUGUAAACUGAAUUUGGAUCAAAUACAUACUAAUUAUGUAGAUGGAACAAAUCCCAAGGAAUUCUAGGAGUCUGUGAAAAUGCAUAUUCUGCAUUAUAGUAAACUUCAACAACUUGUGUUAGCAAUACAGGAAAUAACUUCAGAUGGAGUACCAACAAUGCAUCUGCAGGAAUGUGUGUGUCAUGUGGUACAAAUUAAUUGUAAUUGUAAACACCAUCUUCUUGUUAAUGUUCUUAAUUCCACUCUAAAUCAAAUUGCUAAAAUUCAGGGUUCUGUACAUUCAAUGCCCAAACUAAUAUUUGUUCACCAUCACCCUGCACAUAAUAUGAAAACUAGAUUACUUGUGCUGGAUUAAGUACUUGUUAUUGGAGUGCAAAUGGCUGUUUAGCAUUCACAAAUUGUUCUUCAUUACCAGCAGCUGCUAAUCAAUUAGAAUGUGUUAGUAUGAAUGCUUCAUGCAAAGGAAUCAGCAAUGGUGUCUGUCAAUCAUUCGCCUCAACAACUUGCGCUGCUCAAUAUGCAGCUACCAACACUUGCGUUAAUAACAGUGGUACUGAUGGAAUUUGUUACUUGGUCAAAGCAGACAAAACUACCACAUGUGUUGGAUUCUCAUAAUGCACUCAAGCUGCAAACAAUGAAACCUUAUGUCUAAGAAAUCAACUGUCUUGUUCAUGGAACAGUCUAACAGAAACAUGCUCUUAAGUUACCUGUUCAUCAUUCAAAUCAGAAUUAAAUUGCAAAUUCUAUCUACCCAAUCCACUCUCAUCUUAAAUUGUUCCAUGUUUCUGGAAUACAACUAAUGGUACAUGUGGACCAGCUUCUGAUAUUUUAACAGCAUUGACUUAAAAUAAUUGUGCAACCAGUACUCAUAAUACUUACACUUGGGUAACAACUUCAGCUUAAACUGGUAAAGGAUAUUGUGUUAGAUGUUAAUAAUAAGUCACAUUACCUAAAUAAUGCGCCUGCUCAUUCUUAACCUAAUAUGAUUGUUCCCAAGCUCUUGAAUGUUACUGGAACAAUGGAGCAUGCAUACAAAUGGAAUGUACAUCGAUACUUUAACAAUCUGUAUGUGCAUCCCAAAAAGGUUGUUAAUGGAAUAACAAUUCAUGCACUGUAUUUAAUGGUACAUGUACCAACUUGUUCGGAUAGAGUUAAGCUGCAUGCAUGGCACAAAAUAUAUAUUGUGUUGGUAGCAAUGGAACUAAUUGCACCACCACCUAUGCUAAAUGUGAGGCCAAUACAACCGAUACAUCCUGUGUUGCAAGCAUCGGAAGCAAUGGAGCAUGUUACUGGAACACCAUAUCCAAGACCUGUGUGGCUGUCAAUUCAUGCAAUCAAUUACCAGAAGCUGAAUGCAAUUUACAAUCUAAGUCAUGUUAUUGGAAUGGUAUUACUUGUCAAAGUUUAACAUGUAGCACACUCUAUUCCUAAUAUGGUUAAUGCACUUUUGUUAUGAAAUUAUCAUCCAACAGCUAUGUUUCAUUUUGUUAAAUGGUAGGUGAUCAAUGUACAUAAGUACCAGAUGCCUUUAGUUUAACUUAAGAAUAAUGCUAUGCCAAUACUAAUAAAACAGCAAGAUGGAUUCCAUAAUCUACAAAUUAUGGAGGAAUUUGUGCAUUAUGCUCUGGAAAUGUCAUUCCAAAUUACAAUCCUCAAACAUGUUAAUGCUUUUAAUACAUGACACAAAGUGAUUGUAACAAUGCUAGUGGGUAAUCUUGUUAUUGGUCAACAAAUAACAUAUGUGCCCAAUAAGUUUGUGCCAAUAUUGUAAGUCAAUCAGCAUGUGCUUAAAACAUAGCCUGUAUUUGGAAUGCUGGUACUUGUUAAACCUUCACUUCAUGCAGUUAAGUCGCUGGAACAGGAUUGACUGCUUAACAAUGUCUUAGUUAUUCAAUUCAAUGCAAAGGCUACAAUGGAGGAACUUGCACUUCAACUCCAAAUUAUACAUGCAGUACAUUAUUAACACCAAGUGCUUGCAGUGGUAAUUAUGGAUCCGACGGUGCCUGCUUAUGGAAUUCAACUGUUGCUCCUUCUGUAUGUAUUCCAAUUACAAAUUGCAGUUAAAUUCCUUACCAACAAAUUUGUGGUUAUUACACUGAAGGCUGUUAAUUUGUAAAUAAUUAAUGUCAAUCCCUUACCUGCGGUUACUUCACAACUCCAGCAACAUGCACAUUUUAUGUAUCAUAACUUUACCCUGGAUAAAUUUAAUAAUGUCAAUGGUCAGCAGCUACUGGAACUUGUGUUAAUUUCUUCACAUCUUCAGACUUAAAUUCAGGCAAUUGUGCUGCCAACACAGGAUUCACUUAUAGAUGGGUUCCAACAAGUGCCAAUAAUGGAGAUGGUUAUUGUACUAAAUGUAUGAUAAACUCCGUUAAUGUACCUGGAUAAUGUGCUUGCAACUAAUUGAUUUACUAGAAUGAUUGCUUAGCAAAUUCUUAAUGUUCUUGGUCCACCACUGCAACAUCUCCAAGUUGUUAUAAUAAACCUUGCAGUCAAAUUAUGUAAUAAGCAAUCUGCAGUACCAAUCCAAGAUGCUCAUGGUCAGCUGCUUAAAAUUUAUGUUAACCAUUUUCAUCAUGUUCAGAACUUGCUGGUGUCAAUGCUGGAGAAUGUGCUAGUUAUUCUGUUUUCUGUGCAGCCAUAUCAACAACAUAUUUACCUCUUCAAAAUAAGUAUCUUUGCGCAGGCACUCAAGCUCAAUGCACAGUUUCAAAUCCAUCAGGCACUGCUGGAGCAACAACUCCAUCCAAAUGUGAAAACACCUAUGUUACUCAAGGUAUCUGUUAAUUUGACGCCGAAACCAAAUAAUGUAAUAAGAUCACCUAGUGUUCAGGAAUUAACUCUCAAUAGAAAUGCCAAUAAUUCAACCGUUCUUGCUAUUGGUAAUUACCAACUGGAGCAGCAACAGCUGCCACUUGCGUACCUGCAAGUUGUACCUAUUUCACCAAUCAACAAACAUGCACAUAUUAUUUGACUUCCUUAACAACAUCAUCAUCCUCAAAGGUUGUUCAAUGUUCAUGGUAACCAACUGGCUCAUGCAUAGAAGCUACAAAUCUCUCAGCUGCCACAUCAAAAACCUGUUACUCCAACUCAUUUAUGAUGUCAAGAUGGACUUCCACCUAGGCUGAAUCACCUAACGGAUUCUGUGCAUCAUGCAGUUAAUACAGUUUAACUUAAACUUACAAGUCUGUUUGCUCAUGCUCUGAAUUAUCACAAUAUGAAUGUCAAGUGGCUUCCCCUUAAUGUGCAUACAAUUCAACUUCCACAAAGUGUGCUGCCCAAAACUGUACUUCAAUUACAUCUAAGUUUUCAUGUGCUGCCAAUCCUUCUUGCAUCUACAUUGGAUCUUGCCAAACCUAUACAAAAACACCUACUGGUACAAAUGUUGGAUGUGUUAACAUUACUAGUGCCACAUCUUCUUUCGAUUGCUUAACUGCUUCAGCCAAUUGUCCACAAUUUACUGCCAGUGCCACCUAAGGAAAUCCUGGUAGUUGCGGUGUUCGAUAAGAAUGCAGUAAACAAACUACUUAAGCACUAUGUGAAGCCUACAAUGCAUAAGUCUUCACUGGUUAUUGCACUUGGAAUGGCAGUGCUUGUUAAAAUAUUAAUAAUUGCAAACAGAUUUCUGAUGUUUCAGCAUGCAAUUUAUAAACCAGCAGAUGCCAAUGGAGUGUUGUUUUGAAUUCUUGCAUCACACAAUCAUGCAAUUCAUAUACUAGUCAAGCAGAUUGCACAUACGUGUACACUUCCUAUUAACCUGGAGAUAUUGCUCUCUGUGCUUGGGAUCCUGCCUAUAAUGAGUGUAGAAGUGCUCCCCUAUCAAAUUUAGAUUCAACUUAAUAUAAUUAGACUAACACCAUCUAAUGCUUUGUAAAUACAGGUCAUGUAUAUCACUUGGAUGGAAAUGAAUGUACAAGGUGCUUCUAAAACAUUUUAAGCAUUCUUCUAAUAACAAUGCUCCUAAUAUUAAUUUGAGAGUAUUAUCAUUUACAAAUAUCAAUAAACAUCUUA